AUGAAGAGAAUAGCAGUCAUCGGAGGAGGGCCUGGAGGUCUAGUGACUCUGAAAUAUCUUACCCAGGCACAUUUAUUCCUACCUGUUGAGCAGGUACAGGUCCGUCUUUUUGAAGCCGAUGAUGCUAUUGGAGGGACUUUCUAUAAACGCACAUAUGAAGAUGGAGAACAAGUGUCUUCGAAGUAUCUGACGACCUUCUCGGAUUUCCGCCCACUCGCGAGUGACCCCGAUUUUCUCCCGAUGGGAAGAUAUCUCCAAUACUUGGACGAGUAUUGUUCUCAUUUUGAUCUAUGGAAACACAUUGAACUCGAUACUCGAGUCACAAAGCUGCGCCGACAAGGCUCUCGACAUGUUGUCAGCCUGAAGAAGAAAGGCAGUGGUUCCAAAGAAGAUGAUGAAAAUUGGGAGUGUGAUGCCGUGGCGAUUUGCACCGGCUUACACGUUGAACCACAUAUGCCGUAUGUCGAAGGCAUUGAGAAUGUCCCCUGUGUGAUGCAUUCGUCACAGUUCAAAGGACGGGAAGACUUUGGCUACGAUAAGAACAUCGUUGUUCUAGGAGUUGGUGAGACUGGUAUGGAUGUUGCACAUCUGGCCGUAACCUCCCCAAAACCGAAAUCAGUCACUGUGGUGCCGAAUCCAGUUUUGUUUGGCAUGAUACAGCCUAGCAGGAAUAGCAUUCCCACGGAUGUCAGCACCGCGUCACUCUUCGAAUCUAUGUAUGUCCAUCCUCUUAUGAGGGUCUCCUGGAUUCCUUGGGCGUAUUACAAUACUUUCGUGAAGAGCACGUUGUGGCUCGUCGGGGGUUCGAAAUAUGGCAUCGAUCAGUGGGUAGGUGGAGUUGCAGACGAGCAUUACAGCACAGCGGAGUUGAUAUUUAUGAAGUCAGACAAAGCCAUACCAUACAUCAGUGUCCCCUACCGCUCUCAGUCCUGGCUGCAUCGAAUCCGAAGUUGUAUUGCUCAGACUCCUAUUCCUGAUACGAAUGGAAGGAUCAUAGACCUGGCACCGUGGCCGGAUCGCAUCGAGAAGGAUGGCACUAUUCACUUCAUUGACAAUGGUCGUCUCGAAUCACAACGGAUGUCUCAGAUCAAACGCAAGGUGGACAUCCUGGUUAUGGCAACAGGAUACACGCAGAGGUUUCCUUUUCUGGAUGCUCACUAUCCCCGACCCGAAGAAGCAGACAUAAGACGUGUUUGGAAGCGAGGUGACGAGUCAGUUGGCUUCAUAGGUUUUGUGAGGCCUAGCUUUGGUGCGAUUCCCCCUCUGGCCGAGUUCCAGGCGCAACUCUGGAUUCUAGCCUUGCACGACCUUCUUCCCCAUAGCUUGAUCCCAAACGACCACUACAAGUUGAAAGUUAGCGGUGAGAAUCGCAUCCAGUACGGCGUGGACCACGAAAAUUAUGCCUACCAGUUGGCGUUGGACAUGGAAUCAGCUCCCUCGUUCUCCUACAUGUUGUCGUGCGGGCCUCGUAUGUUCCUGACCUGGGCGCUGGGAGCCAACUUCAACACCAAGUUCCGUGUCAUCGGCCCGUGGGCAUUUGAUGGUGCUAGGGAUAUCAUCACGACGGAGCUGUGGUCCACCAUCACCCGUCGGGGUGGCUUUUUCGGUAUGCUAUCCGGCCUUCUUUCUACCCCGAGAACAUUCCCGAUGAAGAUAAUGUACGUUCAUGUUAACAAUACCGCUUGA